GUUGUUAUUGUUACUCCGGUGUCUGCUUAGCGUUACUACUUUGCCCGUUUUGUCUACUUCUUUGUAGCAAAGUAAUCUUAAUUUAAAGUGAGCUCCUCUACCUCAACUGCUGCGACAUGGCGGGAAACUUCUGGCAGAGUUCUCAUUACUUGCAGUGGGUUCUGGACAAACAGGACCUGAUGAAAGAGCGCCAGAAGGAUCUGAAGUUCCUUUCAGAAGAGGAGUACUGGAAGCUGCAGAUUUUCUUUGCCAAUGUGAUCCAGGCUUUGGGGGAACACCUGAAGCUGCGGCAGCAGGUCAUUGCCACUGCAACUGUCUACUUCAAACGCUUCUAUGCAAGGUAUUCCCUGAAAAGUAUAGAUCCGGUACUCAUGGCUCCUACCUGUGUUUUCCUGGCCUCUAAAGUUGAGGAAUUUGGAGUUGUGUCCAAUACCAGGCUGAUCUCUGCAGCGACAUCUGUGUUGAAAACAAGAUUUUCCUAUGCCUUUCCAAAGGAGUUCCCUUACAGAAUGAAUCAUAUAUUAGAAUGUGAGUUCUACCUUCUUGAGUUGAUGGACUGCUGCCUGAUAGUGUACCACCCCUACAGACCACUGUUGCAGUAUGUGCAGGAUAUGGGACAGGAAGACAUGCUGCUGCCCCUGGCUUGGCGAAUAGUGAACGACACAUACAGGACAGAUCUGUGUCUACUCUACCCUCCCUUCAUGAUUGCCUUGGCCUGUCUGCAUGUUGCGUGUGUGGUACAGCAAAAAGAUGCCAGGCAGUGGUUUGCAGAGCUCUCUGUUGACAUGGACAAAAUCCUGGAGAUUAUCCGUGUCAUUCUGAAGCUCUAUGACCAGUGGAAAAACUUUGAUGACAGAAAGGAGAUAGCAGCCGUUCUAAACAAGAUGCCUAAGCCCAAACCGCCUCCCAACAGUGAGGGGGACCAGAGCUCUAAUGGCAACCAAAGCAACUCCUACAGCCAGUCUUAGCGUAGCGUCUAUUUCCACGGGUAUCCAUCAUGUUGAUGGAAGACCUUUUGUGGUGUCAGCUGACACCCUCAACAAACUCUUGAGAGCCAUGUCUUCACUUUCCCCCCCAUCUCUGAUCAUUAUGGGUUCAUGGAUUGAGCGAGCGGCCCGUUGACGUGUCUGCAGUGAUGAGCCGAUCCGUGACAACACUUUUGACGGGGCCUCUCUACUCUGCUCCAGACUUGAAGUGAACUAAAACUGAGGAACAAUUAAUUGGGGAGGGGGGCGGGGGACAACUGAUGGAAGAACAGAUGUGAUGGUUUAAUAGAAAACCUGUUUUUAAUGUCAUUGUGAUGAUCCUGGCAUCCUUGAAGAGCCCAGAGGAGCAGAGUCCUUUUCACAUGGAGCUCCGUGGGAUUCGAGAAAACUUGAUCACGAGUACUGUGUGUGUGCGUGCGUGUGUGUGAGUGGCCAGUCUGGGUGGGGUUUCUUUACUCAGGGACUGUAGUAGUCUUCUCUGUAAAACAAUUUGAUCCUGUGCUGUUUUAGAGAGUGAAUCUGAUUGGAUAUCACCCUGCGCAACUGUGAUGUGAUUGGACGCUCUGUGUGGAGGUCUGUGCUGGUUGAUCAUGAACCCAAGAGAAGCUCCUCUUCAUGGUAGAAAUGAACUCUUUGAGUACAAGAAUUUACUGUUUUGAAUCAUGACAACUUCACCUCCUCCCUCCCAUUCCCUCUUCUCUUUUGUAAAUAGCCUCAUGUUCGUUUAUUUUACCUUUCUGUUUUUGCUUACUUAAUUCAAAUUAAAUAGAAAUCAUGAGCAGACGUUGCUUCGUACUUGUGCUUCAGAUGAAAGUGCCCCUGUUUGUUUCACUGUCAUGAAUCUGUUUGCCUGCUGCAAAGCCUUUUUUAUUUUAUGUUUUCAUUUAUUCUGCUUCACUAAACAGUAAUGUUCUGUGUAAAGCAGUCUUUUUGGUGAAACUUUUGUUUUUAAUUUGUCAUGGAGAGACUUUUUUUUGAGUAAAUUCUCUCUAGAUUUGUCUGCAAAGUUUUGGUUGUACUUUUCUUCUUUUUCCAUCUAACUUGUGCCAUUCAUUUAAUCACUCAAUUGUGACGCUAUGUGUGUGUGUAUACAUGUAGAUGUCUAUAUAUAUAUUUUUGUGAUGUAACGCAGUGGGAGCUGUGUGUGGCUGUACUCAAAACAAGGUGCUUGAAAGCCUUACAAAAUAAAAGCUGCUGGUUACAGAGAAACCCCUUCAUUAAAGCACAUUGUCCCAUUUAAGUGGACUGAAAUGUAUUUUAGGGGGUGUUUUUGUUGAUGUUGUUGCAUUGCUUGGAUGCAUCUUUUUCCCCUCAGACACUUCCUGUGCACCUAAUUUUUGUCAAUUGGACAAUCAUUGUAUUAAAGGCAACUGGCAUAUCACUGUCUCAUACUGGAUCAAAGAGACAAGUGACACACAGAAGCCUCUGAGGCAAGUUGGAUGCAGCCUUGUUCUACUUCACCGUCUGCCAUUUUCCUCCCCUUCAGCAGGCUCCAUCUGUUACAUGAAUGGGUGAGAGAUAAAGAGCUUCACCCCACCUAAAUAUUCCUACUACUUCUGUUAACAUUACCCAAAAUUGUUUUAUUACUUGAAAGUCUGUUUAUCAUUUUGGAAAAUCACUUAUGAUUAAAUAAAAAUGUAUGGUGUGCAAAA